AUGACUCUAUCUGUCCAACAAUCCAACAUCUCCUUCUUCCAAGUCACUGAAUUCAUUCUUUUGGGGCUUCCAGGGAUUCACAGCUGGCAGCACUGGCUCUCUCUGCCCCUGGCAUUCCUCUACCUCUCAGCUCUGGCUGCUAAUCUUCUCAUCCUGCUGACCAUCUGGCAAGAGACUGCCCUGCAUCAACCUAUGUAUGAGUUCCUGGGCAUUCUCUCUGUUGUAGACAUAGGCCUAGCCACGACAAUCAUGCCCAAGAUCCUGUCUAUCUUCUGGUUUGAUGCCAAAGCCAUCAGUCUCUCUGAGUGUUUUGCUCAAAUGUUUGCCAUCCAUUGCUUUAUGGGCAUGGAGUCAGGCAUCUUCCUCUUCAUGGCUAUUGACAGAUACAUAGCUAUUUGCAAUCCUCUCCGCUACCCCUCCAUCAUCACAAUCAGCUUUGUCUUAAGAGCUUGUGCAUUCUUAGUACUUAGAAAUGUCCUAUUGGCCAUGCCAGUGCCUGUAUUGGCUGCCCAGAGGAAUUACUGCUCCAAAAAUGAGAUUGAUCAUUGUCUAUGCUCCAACCUAGGAGUCAUCAGCUUGGCCUGUGAUGAUAAAAGACCCAAUCGAAUUUACCAACUGGUCCUGGCCUGGAUGGUAAUGGGUACUGACUUGAUUAUAAUCAUCCUUUCUUACAUAGCGAUCCUUCGCUCUGUGCUAAAAUUGAACUCUGCAGAAGCUGCAUCCAAAGCCCUGAGUACCUGUAGCUCCCACCUCAUUCUCAUCUUCUUUUUCUACACAGUCAUUGUAGUGCUUUCUGUAACUCACCUGGCAGGGAGAAAAUAUCCCCUAAUCCCUGUGCUCCUCAAUAUACUGCACAAUGUCAUCCCCCCAGCCCUCAACCCCAUGGUGUAUGCACUCAGGACCCAUGACCUUAGGGAAGGCUUCUAUAGAGUGCUGAGACUAGGUCCAUGA